AUGACCAGCUUUCUAGAGAGCGCUAAGCCAGAGUUUGUUCCUGAUAUAGAGCUCUUGCCCAUGUCAGGCGACCUGGAAUCACCAAAUGAGUGUAUUUACUUCAAGCCGACUACAAACGAGCUUGGUAUCACAGAAAUUCCUAUAGUAGACGAGAAGCUCAAACCUGUUACCAAGAACCGCCGCUAUUGCAUGGCGGCUAUAAGAAAUUCGAUGUGCGAGAUCUUAUGCACUGACGAAGAGCCCUUGAGAGUGGUUACUUUCCUGGGAGAGACAAUCGAACUCCCAUUAGAACCAUUCAAGAUUAUACUUGAGACGGCUAAGAAAGAAUCACCAUAUGGCUACGAAAUAGAUUACGAAAGUUUGAUUGAAUAUAUCGAGCUUUCAGAAAACUAUAUUUACCUAGGCACGGGUUAUUUUGGGCCAUUAUUCAGGUCUCCGCUUCAAGACCUCGUUGCUGGCAAGCCUGCUUACGAGAAAAUCGCCGAAUGCAACUAUUUUGAGGACUUAGAUGUGAAAGGGGACUUGGUAUCGUAUGCUGGGGACAAGAAUAUCUUUAUCAUCGACAACGGAAAGGAGACCAUCUGGGAAGUAGACGACACCGUAUACCGUCUUUUACGUCUUUUGGUAGAUGAUAUUGUAUAUUUUAUUGCAGUUACCGAACAAGCGAUAGAAAUCAGGGAAUACCUGCAAUCAACUCGGCAAUGGAUGGGCGAGAGCGUGAAGAAUACGUGCAACGGAUAUCUACAAUCUUUUACCUUCAUUCAUAAUGGAAUGUUGGUCGUUGAAGAAGCCGCAGGAGAGUUUGUGGUCGUGGAUAUACUUAAAAAGCUGGUUGAGAAAUGCAAAUCAGAAGGCUUUCGUGGUCUUACUCAUCGUGACCACUUCAACAGAGUGCUUUGUAUUGAAAGUGGAACCAUGUACCUUUCCAUGAAGUCAGAAACAUAUACUAUAGAUGGCCUUACCAGCCUAUGA